CUUCCAACUCAGUAGUCUUCCGCAAGCGACAUCCGGGGUGAAGCGAUGUUGCAAGCGCCGAAGAAGACAGUGGUGGUUACCCACCGCUAUUCUGCCCAGUACCCUGUGUACAAGGUAGCACCAAGUUCUACCGCCAACGUGAAAGCAUCUAGCCAUAGCUACGCCACUCAUCGAAGUGCAAAUCCUCCUCAGCGCAGUGGAUAUCCCACCCAGCGCAGUGGAUAUCCCACCCAGCGAGGUGGAUCCGCCACUCAAAGGAAUGGUUACUACACGCAACGAUCUGGGUAUACCAUCACCCAAAGGCAAGAGAGACAUGAAAGAAAUGAAAGACAUGGGCAUGAAAGACACGGGCAUUUAGGACACUCGUCUCACCGAAGCUACUCUUGCAUCAUGCAAUCUACAAGGCUGCGUUCACCAAGACUAGCAAGCAGUGGUUCUCAGGUUUCACUGGGGUUUUCGUCAACCGUGCCCGCCAACAAUUCUGGCAAAGAUGUGAUCCUUUGCGUUGGAGAUAGCUUGACGGCAGGGAAAAAGGGUUUCAGGUCAUACCCAUCCCAGCUGCAACGACUCCUUGAUGAGGAUGGAUUGCAGAUGAAAGUUCACAGCUCUGGCGUUUGGGGCCACACGUCGCAAGACGUUUUGAAGCGCUUGCCUUCUGCGCUGCAAUCGGCUUUCACAGAAGGAGGUCGUUUAGCCUUUGUCCUGAUCUUGGUUGGUACCAAUGACCUCUUGCAUUCACAUCCUCACCAGCUUGACUACCAGAUUCCAAACAUCAUCAACAACAUUCGGGCCAUUUGCGAGACUGCGGCAAAUGCUGCAUUCUUCCCCCAUGUUGGUGUUUUGACUCUCCCACCAUUGGCCAGCCGAAAUCCUGCCCGCCUGAGACUCAAUCAGCAGAUUCGACAUUUCAUGGCAGGAUAUGCUGCGCAGAAGGGCUUGAGUGAGCGCUUUCUUGUGGAUUUGGAAUCUUUGAAUCCAAGUCUUGCUCAAGAUGGAGUGCAUUUCAAUGACGAAGGCUACAUGGAAUUUGCGCGACGGACACGUGCUGCAAUCCUUCCAAUCAUACAAGCAGAAGCAGCGUCCAAGUCGCGCCUUGUGUCAAAGAGUUGGCUGGGUUCAUGGAUAGAAAGCCUGGGCGGUUAACAGCUUUACCGAAGCUGUCUUUCUGAGUCUGUAGCUAGCUUUUGAGUCCCUUUCUAGGAGCUUUCUGCCACAUGUGCAAGAUGGCGCAUUGCAGUGAAACUGUGUAUAUUGCAUGGACGCAUAAAAUGGAAGACUGUUGACCACUGUUGGCACUUGACAUUUCAAAGAAAUUUGUUUGAAAAGGACCCGCUGAUCGCUGGUCUUUGCUACAAAUGUAGAGGAUCCCACAUUUUCACAAAGCUUUCCGAGAGUUUGUUUUAGUUUGCU